UACUGUUAAGAGCAAGCAAAAUGCACAAACAAUUGUUGGUAUAUUUGUAUUUGAUGUUCCAAAUUUCUGCAGGUAUGACAGAAUUUCCUUGUAGUUUCCCAUGUCCAUGGCGCAAUAAAACAUUUAACGCGUAUAAAAACGGAAUAUACGUUAAUAAUUUGGAAUUUGGAAGUGAUGGUCAAUCAAGUAAUGUAGACGGAAAACCCUAUCAGUGUUAUCAAAUAACAGAACGCUUUCUUAUUUUCAAAUUAACUAUAGCAGACUUUUAUUUUUGUACACCGAUCUUUUAUGAUCUCGAAUAUCCAUUGAGGUUUCUGAUUAGAAGUGCAACUGCACAUUUCCUUCCAAACCAUGCAGGAGAAUUGACAGAUACAUUUAUAUGUCAAAUUUGUAGCGGAUCUGGUUCCAUUUCGGAAGCUGUGGCAUCAGGUGCAGCACCAACAUCACCUCCCGUCAAUUCUAUUCCUUGUGAUAGACCAUCGAUAUGUACUCAAUCACCUGAUACAGUUUGUAGUGUAAAUGAUGUCAUUCCAAAAGGCUGUCCAGUACCAACUACUGAAAGCCCGACAACCACAACCGAACAGACAACAACUACUGAACAGAUAACUACAACUGAACAGACAACAACUGAACAGAAAACAACAACUGAACAGACAACAACAACUGAACCACAGAAAUCUACCAAGAGACACUGUAAAAAGAAAACACACAAGCAUACCAAAUGAGCUGUGCUCCUUUAUAAUCUGCAAAUAUCAAUCAAUUCAGAUAUGGAUGAUUUUGUAGAUUAAUUGAAUAAAUUUUCAUCAUUGAA